AUGGAGAAUCAAACUCCCCGACAAGCGACGCCGCCGUCAUCUCCAACCCAAAAGUACCUCCUCGCAUACAAUGCCCUCUGUCUCAUCUUGUGGUCGAUAGUCACGCUGCGAGCCGUGCUCUUCAUCCCCACCCUGACCGCGCUGGGACAGCUGGAGCAUUUGCUUCCUGCUCUAUUCCCCCUCCUCAAAUGGACGCAGACAAUAGCCCUCCUCGAGGUGGUGCAUGCGGUGGUCGGGCUCGUCAGAGCCAGUCCUCUCACAACCGGCAUGCAAGUCGCGUCACGGAUCCUGCUGGUGUGGGUCGUGCUACAAAUGUACCCGGAGAUUGUGGUGAAGACAAAUAUCUAUGGAAGGCUGGAAGCAGGCUCGACUACCGGUCCGAUCGCGUUCUCCGGGCUUCUUUUGGCCUGGGGAACCACCGAAAUCAUCCGCUACGGUUUCUUUGUCUGGAAAGCAGCCAUUAGUGAAAGAGUGCCGCAGUUCUUGACCUGGCUGCGAUACAGCACGUUCUUCGUUCUGUACCCGAUCGGCAUUUCGAGCGAGUGUUUGCUCAUGUAUCUCGCUUUGGCGCCUGCAGCCAAGCAAGGCAAGGGGGUGGACCUGCUGCUGAAGAUUGUGUUGUUCAUCUACGUUCCGGGGAGCUACAUUCUGUACACGCAUAUGAUGGCGCAGCGGCGAAGAGUCGUGAAAGGGAAAGGGAAGUCGCUGUGA